AUGGAGCCGAAUAGGCGCUUGCGAUACUUCAGGUCUGAAAUACCACAGCCCGUCACGGAGCACCGCUUUCCCAAGCGCGUGGAGAAGCUUGUUUUCUCAGUGUUGUCAUCGAAUGCCCUCAUGAAGUUGUCCGAGGUUCAAAUCACAACACCGAUUCUUUACGAGCACUACCCCUCCCCAGCAACCAACGGGGUGCUGGACAAAAGGCUUGGUCUAUCGGACAAAGUUGGAAAGUGCGCGACUUGCGGCAAGGACACGAAAAUGUGCAUAGGACACUUUGGAACAAUUUCCCUGGCCCUUCCUGUCUUCCAUCCUGGCCUAAUCAACGAUGCAAGAACUAUGCUCUCUAUUGUCUGUCCGUUUUGCAGCCGCGUAAAGAUCUCUGAAGCCGACAGACUCAAGUACAAGGUUCUAAACCACAAGUUUUCUCUUGCCAUUGUCAAAGAAGCCCAGGAGCAGGCGAAGAAGCAGGUGAACUGCCCGUUCUGCCAUGCCCCAAGCACAAUUUGCAAGAAAUCACAGGGAUUCCGGGUUCUAAGAGAGAUGCAUUACGAAGAGCGUGCUACUAAGAUUCUUGCAGACGUCAUCAAGCACCAGAAGGAUAUUGAAAAGAUCCAAGAGCUUGACCAGCGGCUUCGGAAUCACGUUGUGGAUCCAAUACAAGCACUUCACAUCCUCCAGAAGGUUCCCGAGUGCGACUAUCCCUACCUAGGAAUACCCUGGCAGUCAAGAAACGUGUAUGCGUCCCAGCAAACCCCUGAUUCUAUUGCCAGCAAUGACGCUAGCCAGUUAUUUUCCAGAGGCUCGUCCAAGCUACUCGCAAGAACGGCGAGUCGCUUUAUUGCACAGCAUCAGGGGAUAAGCGAUCGUGCCACACGUUUAACAUCUCAUGCCUUCCUGACCAGGCCUCAAGACGUUAUUUUGACUCAUAUCCCUGUGCCUCCGUCUUGCCUCCGCCCCUCUGUACAAUCAGGGUCUGGUGCUGGAACAACAGAAGACAACCUCACUUCCCACCUUGUUCGCAUUUUAACCAUUAACGACAAACUGAAGGAAGCGAUGGUCUCCGGGGCCGUAGCAACCUCAAAAGUGUAUGCAAAAUGGGAUCAGCUUAAUAUGGACGUUUCUCUACUAUAUAUAGGGAAAAUCCCAGGCGGCGUGCAGCCUGUGAAGAAUAAGACGGAUUCUGGCACCAAAGAGGGAACGGGGAUUAUUGAUAGGCUGAAGGGAAAAGCAGGAAGAUUUAGGUCUAACCUCAGCGGAAAACGGGUCAACUUCAGUGGGAGGACUGUCAUUUCUCCAAACCCAUACCUUUCUAUGCAGCAGGUGGCAAUUCCCCGCCUCAUCGCCCAAAACCUUACCUUUCCAGAGAUAGUAACGUCUCGGAAUAUUCGCUUUUUACGUGAGCUUAUUCUUAAUGGGAAGACCUAUCCGGGAGCCAAUGAAGUUCUUCUAUUGAACGACACCAUUAGAUACAAUCCAGCACUCAAGCGGCUCGGAAUUGACGUGAAGCAAAGCCGAGAUAUGGAGGCAAAGGCUAUGGAACUGGUUUCGCGCUGUGUUGACACGUUUAAUCUCAAUUCGCUUUGUGCAGACCUCCCAGAGCUCCAGGCUGCCAUUCAGCACCUUGUUAGCGAGUCCAGUAACGCAAUAAAUAGUGAGCUCAAGGCAGAAGAUCUGCCACAGAACCAGCCGCUUUUUGCCAAGGAGGUGUAUGAUCCAGCACAGAAAGGUGAAUCAAACAAUAUAGACAACAACGUUUGUGAGAUAGAUGAGCUGAAGCUUGAAGACACAGCUGAUUAUCAGGUAGGUGAGUCAGCUGGCCAAGCUUCAACUGUUGCAGUCGAGCAGCCACCGGAGUCAAGGACCGUUCUAAAAUUGAACUCAAUCGCAUCGUUGCAGCUUACCAACGCGUCGUCACAGCACCUAUCGACCUUCAAAUUAAACACUGUUUCUCUGCUCCAAAAAGAUCGCCGUGGGCGCCAGGCUAUUGCCAAUAGUCUCAGGCCCAACGACAUAGUUUAUCGGCAUUUGCUUCCCAACGAUACUUUACUCUUUAACCGUCAGCCGUCCCUUCACAGAAUGUCAAUCAUGCAAUUUAAUGCAGUUAUACACGAAAACCGUACUUUUUCUUUCAAUCCAGUUGUCUGCUCUCCAUUUAAUGCAGAUUUCGACGGGGACGAGAUGAAUAUCUUUUACAUGCAAGGCCAGGAGGCGCGUGCUGAAGCGGGGAUCCUCAUGGGCUCUCACGAAAACAUUAUUUCGCCACGACAUGGAGAAUGCAUGAUUGGGCUCACGCAGGAUUUUCUAACAGGAAUCUACCUUCUCAGCGGCAAGGGCAUCUUCAUGACACGCCAAGAGUACUGCCAGCAUGUGUCCUAUGGCUGUGAUGGCUUUGGGGAUGCCACAUAUGGUGUUAGUUUGUACAACUAUGGUCGCGAGUUCAUUAAAAGCAUUCAUGACAGGAGAGGUACAGAGGAAGACACCGUUGGGUUUGUUAAGGUCCCCUGUCUUUCACAGCCAUGCAUAGUGUACCCUCGACAGCUCUAUAGCGGAAAGCAGGUGCUCUCUGUUCUCAUGAAGGGAAACGAUUUUGACUCUGUGAACAUCAAUCUAGAGCACGGUGACAAGACAUACAAGAAAGACAGUGACAGGCGUGCACUCUCCGUCAACGAUGACUAUAUCAUCAUCCAGAAUUCAGAGCACCUCGUAGGGCGUCUCACCAAAACGUUCUUGGCAUCGUCCAAGAAUUGCAUAUUCUAUUUUUUGGUACAGAACUAUGGUCCUGUUUCAGCAGCUCGCAUCAUGCUCCGCUUCGCCAAGGUGGCUGCUAGAUUUCUUAUGAACUAUGGCUUCACCAUAGGCAUAGAUGAUGUAAUGCCAUCCCAGCGAGUGCUGGGUAAGAAGGAGGUAAUAGUUCAGGAAGGUUAUGAGAAGGCGCAGGAAAAGAUCCGUGACUACGAAAGCGGAAAGCUAGAGGCUAUACCUGGGUCUACUGUGCAAGAGACGCUUGAAGCAACACUUAAUCAGAUCCUGUCCAACGUCCGCGAGUCCUGCGCCCAAAUAGCUCUCAAGGAGCUUCACUUCACCAAUAAGCCUCUCAUCAUGUCACUCUGUGGGAGCAAGGGAAGCCCCAUCAACAUCGCCCAGAUGAUUAUUAUUCUUGGACAACAAUCCUUUGGAGGAUCUAGGGCGCCUGAUGACUUCUACACUCGCUCAACUCCAUAUUUCUAUCAUUAUUCAAAAGAGCCGAACGCAAAAGGGUUUAUCCUGAACAGCUUUUAUACUGGCUUGCUUCCAUUUGAAUUCUUAGCGCACGCACGAGCAGGCCGAGAUGGGGUCAUUGACUCUGCCUGCAAAACAGCAGAUACAGGGUAUUUGCAGCGACGGCUUGUUAAGUGUCUAGAGGAUCUUAGUGUGUCAUAUGAUUUUACCGUGCGCAACAGCAAGAAGAGCGUGGUGCAAUUCCGGUUUGGACACGAUGGGUUUGAUCCAAUAAAGCUCGAAGUUGGGACUGGGCAGUGCUUCGAUCUAGACACUUUGCUCAGACAUAUAAUCUUGCUUAACAGAUCACAAGAUCUGGCCGAGGGGGCCUUCCCUGUUCUUCUGGAUCGGUACAAGGCAGAGGCAGAGCUAGACGUCCUCCUGAACAAAGACUUUUACGGCCAGGAGGCUUGUUUGAUUGAAAGAAGCAAUGUCACUAGCUAUUUCCAGCAGAGCAUAUUGCCAAAAUUAACUACGAACACACACAUCGCCACUACUGUGGCCCCAGCACUUGCAGCAUCAUUCCUCCAAACAACCCUUACCAAAAAGGACAUAGAUGAUUUUCUAAGGCAGGUUCGGCGAAAGUACAUUCGCCUGAAUCUGGAACCGGGAUCUCCAUGCGGUGCGGUGGCCGCCCAGUCAGUCGGGGAGCCCUCCACUCAGAUGACACUGAAGUCAUUUCACCACGCAGGCUUAGCUUCCAUGAACAUAACGCAAGGGGUCCCACGGCUGAAAGAAAUUGUCGAUGGUGUGGUAAAGAUAUCCACACCAAUCACAACCGUGGAGCUCCAUGUAGAUGUAGAUAAGGAGGAACUGGCAGCAACGGUGACAGAAAAAUAUCUUGAAAAAGCGCGCAUGAUGAAGAACAUCAUCGAAUGCACGUACCUUGGCCAGAUAUCUGCAUCCAUUAUCGAGUGCUACAGCCAAUCAGUUUGCCACAUUGAAGUCAAUUUGGAUAUGAAAAUAAUCGCAGACAUGGGGCUUGCUGGGAUCAUAACGGUAGAGACGGUGGUAGCGUCCAUCUUACACAACGAUAAGGCGAAAAAGCUAGUAGGACAGGACCAAUCUUCUGGAUCGGUAAGCAUACACAGUGCCACAAGGUUCUCUGUCCGCCCCUUGACGCAGUCCAGAGACGACUUGCUCUUCGACAUUCAGAGCUUGAAGUUACUCCUUCCAAUGAUACCCGUUUCUGGCAUAUCUACUUGUAGUCGCGCGGUGAUCAAUGAGUAUAAAGAGUUCUGCCAAGGCGCCACAAGCAGUGCACCGCUAACUAAGUACAAUCUCCUUGUGGAGGGUAUUGGGUUACAAAACAUCCUAAAUGUCAGUGGAAUUGACUUUACACGCACUCUGUCCAAUAAUAUCGUAGAGGUAGCAAAUACUCUUGGGAUAGAGGCUGCAGUGGCCACAAUAUCCAACGAGAUAAAGGCCUGUAUGGAUAGCCAUGGUAUGGCCGUAGAUAUGCGACAUAUCCGCCUUCUUGCAGACAUUAUGUGCUUCAGGGGCCGAGUGCUAGGCUUUACAAGGUUUGGCUUGACAAAGAUGAAGGCCGAUUCCGUAAUCAUGCUUGCAAGCUUCGAAAAGACUGGUGAGCACCUGUUUAAUGCUGCACUAGGGAAUAAGGUUGACGAAGCAAACGGUGUUACAGAGUCUAUCAUACUAGGGAAACCGAUGAGUAUGGGAACAGGAUCAUUCUCGCUAUUGCAGGCACCGUACUUUGAUGAAAAAACGGGCAAGACGAUUGAGUACCAGCCUAAGCAGACAACCCGCUUUCUAGGGGAGGUCCUAAAUAAACAGUACGAUGAAGAGGUGGACGCUAUAGUUAACGCGUUUUGGUACGACGAAAAGCUUUAUCUAACGGGUGCGGAGGCUAAGGCAAAGCUUCUUCGUGGAAGGCGGCAUGCAAAUAAGCGCUCCUGGUCGCGGGGAAAAGAAAGACACGCUAGUUUGAAGCCAAAGAAUCGAUAA